AUGGGCAACGAUUGGAUUAGCAGUAAUUUAGAUCUCGAAAAGAUCGACCUCUAUCUCUACCGGUCAAAAAAACCUCUAUGGAAGCCCGUAUCCGCCUCCGUUGGUGUAUUCGGUGGUUCAGUUAUAUCUCAAGCUAUUCAAGCCGCCACCCUCGUAACCGAAGACAGGUCCGGCGAACGUUACGGCCUCCAUUCCUUUCAUUGCUAUUUUCUACUAGCUGGUCAAUCCACGAUGCCAGUCGUCUAUCAUGUACAGCCUUUACGUCUAGGUAAAAGUUAUCAGACGUACUGCGUUAGAGCCAGCCAAGAUGGCAAUAACAUAUUCACUCUCACUGCUUCUUUUGCUCAGCCAGAACCUUCUCAGCCUAAAUUUUCCAUCAAACCACCGGCCGACAUACCUCCACCAGAGGAAUGCGAGUUGAGUGAAGACAGAUGGCAGCGCUUUUUGGAUAAGUAUCAUUCCAAGCUAGACAGUAAGCUGUCUGAAACCAUCAUAGCAAGAAUAGAUGAACGUCGCACGUCAGAUGUCGCUUUAAAAGACGCAUCGAAAGUCAGUCAGUAUGACGAAAAGGGUAACCUUAACAUUUCAAAUGAGUUUAGCUGGUGGAUCAAAGCGAAAAGCUCACCCGGUGAUAAGGAUUCAAAGCAAAAGGCAGUAUUAGCGUACAUGUCGGACUUGAACUUUCUGCACACGGUCGCUCACUCCCUUGGGUUGCGUCAGUAUUCAAAUCUCGGCAUGAUUACUUCACUCGAUCAUUCCAUGUGGUUUUACGACAAUUUCGACGCGGGCGAGUGGCUCAUAUACAGGACUUUUUGCCCAGUUUCAGCACACGGACGCGGAAAUGUGCAAGGAGAGUUUUGGUCACAAGACGGCAGACUAGUAGCUUUAACAGCUCAGCAAGGUUUAGUUCGUGAGAAGAGACCUGAGGCCCGUCUCUAA